UUAGAAACGGCACCGUUUGUCCUCCUCUGCUCCUUUCUUCUUCCAUUUCUUCGUCUCCCCCACCCACAGCCUUGGCCACUUUUACUAAGCUCUCCACCUUGUUCGGCAUUGACGCCUGCCCUCCACUGUCUCCUUCUGCUGCUCCGCUGUCGUUAACGAAACUUUGAGGGGGGCAAAAGAGAGAUGUCCCGAUUUCGAGCAUUGUGGCAAGCUUCUCUUAAUGCGACUAAGAAAGCUCUCACAUGGAAUGUUGAAGACUUGAUUCCUCCCACCGAGCGAUAUAUUUUCAAUUUCAAUUCCAAGGAGGAGCUAAAGAGGUGGCAUUUAUAUUCAGAUUCUGAAUAUGGUGGUUUGUCCUCAGCGUCCUUGGAGAUUGCAGAUGCUGGAAAUGGUUUAAGAGGAAUCUUCUCUGGGAAACUCUCUCUUGAUGUAGCUGAGGAUUCAAAAUGGAACAUUUCUCGGAGUGGCUUUUGCGGGAUGCGCUCUAAGAAGUUUGAUGGCUUCAUUGAUUUGGAUGCAUAUGACACCAUAGCAUUAAAAGUCAAAGGAGAUGGGAGAUGCUAUAUUUCUACAAUAUAUACAGAAAACUGGGUGAAUUCGCCAGGCCAGCAGGAAGAUAAUUCUUGGCAAGCUUUUGUUUUUGUGCCCAAGGAUAACUGGUAUAUAGCAAAGAUUCCUCUUGCGAAGUACCUGCCAACAUGGAGAGGGAAUGUUAUAGAUGCAGAAUUGGAAAUGAAUCCAUCUCGAGUUCUCGGCAUGUCUCUAUCUGUCAAUGCAGAAGGUGGAAUCCCAGGUGCUAGGUCUGGUCCAGGUGAUUUCCAAGUGGAAAUUGAUUGGAUUAAAGCCUUGAGGACACAAUGAGUUGUAAUGUACUAAUUUUACACCGGAGAAUUUUGUAGUAGCAAUAAAAGUAGCUUUGUUAUACAUCAUUCUCCAUAUGUUUGUGUAUGUUCCUAGUGUAGUAACUGUAAGUCCGCAAUUUUUGUUUUUGAGGGUUGAUAAUGCGUCUCUUAAUAUAUUGGAUAUUCAUCUUCAAGGUUCUGAUUAAUUUUACAUUUGGAAUGAAAAUGGCACCAUGUAUAUUAGCAUUUGCAUAA